AUGAACUCUGGUGAUCGGCAACCUAUACUCCUCGGAGACAGCGCAGUCCUCUAUCCAUCCGCCGCCAACGUUUCCCGACCUAGAUUACAGCACACCGGCUCGAACCACAGCGUAGCAGCAGAGGAGGAGUACUACUCCCUCGACGACGGCACCUCGAGCGUAGUAAGAAGCGAUGACCCGCACGCCUCCAGAGCAACGGUCCAAAGAUACUCCACUCCGCCCUCCGCCUUCCGAACACCUGCAAACAGCAGCGACAUGUUGCAGCAGGAGUUGACAGAGCUCCCACGGAGGCGUGCGACACUAGUAGCAACCGGGGCUGCCCCGAACACCGUUUCGUUUGACGAGAGGCCGAUUACAAUUGUUCGCAAGCCGGUACCUUCGCACUCGUCAUCCAACCACACAACACCUGAGAGAAAUCCAAUGGAUCCUGCAGCUUCCCCAUCGACGACUCCGGGCGUCGAUGACACACCGUACAUCCGCUUCGCAAUCGACCAGCUGACCCGAGAUGAGGAAGUGCGGAGGGAAACCAGGCAGUAUGCGCCUGCGAUUCAGGACGACUACCCGGUGGACAGGAUAAUACCGGACGAAGGGCUUGGAUAUGUUCAGCACGAGCAAGCGCCAACGCCUCCUCCUCCCCCAAGAGUGCCGCGGAAGAACUGGAGGCGGUCAAUGUCGCCAAUUGGACGUGACGUCUUCGAGCCUUUCCAUCCUCCGCGGGAAUCCCUGCCAUAUCCACCGCUCGAGUUCGUCCCGGGCAUCCUGCGACCUACAUGGCUUGGGCUGUACCUCUUUCUCUGCCUGCUCAUGCUCACAGGCCUGCUCUUUUGCGCCAUAUGGUCUCCGGGCCACGACGGCUUCUGGGAUUACGACAUGUUCGGCGAUGGCCGCUACUUCGUCUUCCAGUACUUGCCGACCAUGCUCGGCAUGAUACUUCUUUUGUGGCUCUUCCAGAUUCAAAAAGCGGUUCAGCGCAUUUCGCCCUUCAUGGCGCUUGCCUCCGAAUCGCCACGCGCGCGGACUGAAGGUGUCUUCCUCAGCAUACACCCCUCGCAAUUUCUGCUCCCUAAUCUUCAGCACUUGAGAGCUGGACAGCCAACACUCGGAGUCUGCUCCAUAGUCUUCUGGCUUUUCCUGUUCACCAUUCCGUUGCUCGCAUCAGCUUUUAAUGUACGAUUCUUCGGCCCUCCCUCCGUCGGGCAAUGGCGCUGGGUUGCAGUGCAGGGUGUCAUCUGGACCGUCAUUGUCCUCUACAUCCUCCUCGUCAUCGCCCUCAUCCUUCUCUUCGUCUCCCUCCGCCGCAAGACCACUGGCUUAAAAUGGGAUCCCCGCUCGCUAGCCGACAUCAUCGCCCUCCUCGAGCGCUCGAACGUCAUGACCGCCUACAACGGCAGCGAGACGUUCGCCAGCACUCAAGAGUUCCGAGACCGACUACAGCAACGCUCAGACCGACUCGGCUAUUGGCACACCAGCAAGCGUCCUCAAGACAUAUUCUACGGCCUCGGCGAAGAGGGCGGCACAACGCGGCGCUACUCCAUCGAAGCAGGCCGCAUCCGCGAAAAAGCGCCUGAGCGACAGUACCCCCCGCCCUCAGCAGGUAGCGAAGCCGAGCGCCAGGCCUCCUCCGCCGGCGGACACGCGGGCGACUUCUCAAUUCGCAUGGACAUCCGCUCCUCGCGCAUCCGGGCCCGCUACCUUCCCUGGUUCCUGAAGGACACCUUCGUCGUCGCGUGGCUCGUUAUAGCGAUUGUCCUGCUGAUCGCUUGGCUCGUCGUCUCUUUCGUCAACACCGCCGUAAACGGAGGAUUCUUCCCGCUCGUGCCUGUUGCGGCGAACAGCGGGGGCUUCAGCGCCUCGAAUUUUCUGUAUUCGUUCCUCCCUGCCACUAUCGCGAUGCUCCUCUUCCUGCUCUACCAGCCCCUCGACCUCGCAUACCGCCGUCUUGCGCCCUUUGCUGCGCUCUCGGCUCCCGGGGGGACGACGGCCGAAAAGAGCUUGUUGGUUGACUAUCCAGCCCGCCUUCCCGUCUCCGUAACUGUCGCCGCCGCCUCCAACGGCGAUUGGCAAGUCGCGGUCCUUUCUUUCAUCUCCCUCCUCGCAUCCACCUUCCCCGUCCUCGCGGGCGGCUGCUUCUGGACCCAGUUCUACGUCUCCGACGUCGAGGUCCGCGUCGCGGCACACCCGCCCGCUUACUACGCGCUGUGCGUCUUUCUAUGCUUGUAUGCCGUCAGCUUGCUCGUGCUGCUGGUGCCGGGCGGGUACAGGAAACGCAUGGCGCUGCCCCACGACUCGAGGACGCUGGCGGAGGUCGUGAGCUGGGUCUACCAGAGCGAGCUCCUCACGGAUCGCGCGUUUGCGCGCGUGGGGACGCGGGCGGAGAUGGUGGCGAGGUUGGUGGGACAUGAGCUCGCUCUGCAUCAGUCUCAGCAGCAGCGGGAGCAGCAGCAGGCGGGUGUUUUGGGUCCCAAGGCAAACGACCGCACCAGUCCCUGGGCCAGCUUCGUGAACAUGGUUGGUGGCCCGAAGCGCAACCUCGCGGGCGGCGAGAAAGCGGAGCUGGAAGCUGGCAGGACUGCUGAGUCUGAGCGUCUGAACCCCUCGGCCGCCGCUGAGAACCCGUUCUCAGACCCCUCGGAGACUGGAGCCCCGACUGCGCCGGCGACGGCGAUGAGGUCUGAAGAGGCGGGUGAGAAGCGCAGAUACAGGACUGAGCAGCAGCCGGUCGGACCCACGCGCUACGGCUUCGGCAUCUAUGUUGGACGCGACGGGCGCGAGCAUCUGGGCAUUGAUCGGAUGAGGAGGCCGGGGAGGGGCGAGUUGGUGUUGCAUGAUUUUAGCAAGAGGGGAAGGAGAGAGAGUGGAGUUGUGUGA